UCAUCUGCCCCCCCUCUUCUGCGAAGGGACCUUCGUAAGCGGGAAAGAAAAGGACAUCUCAGCCCUAACCCCGUUGUUUCCAUCUUACGUUCACUCUUUGGCAUCAUUGACAUGGUGCCGAAUUCGCCGUUGGCACUUCUCCUUCGCAAAACGACCGCGAAUUCGAAGCCAACUGCCACUGACGAACCUCGAUCCGGAAGAAAACUUCAAAACUCUGUGAUUCUCGGGCGACAUCUGGCGCGGUGAGGAGCUUCCUGUCUCUAAAAAUGACUUGUCGGCGGAUUUGUGGACGACGACGACGGUGUCGUCCACGGAGAAGGGCGGUACGCACGGACCAGACCUCAAUAUCUACUUUCCCACUGUUAGUCACAAUAGUCACUCCAGCCGCUCCCACCUCAUAUCAGGAAGAAGCGCCUCUCACAGUUUGGAGAACCCGUGUCCUGAGGCGAAUGUCUGGCACAUCCCCAGACAAACUCCCACAAGAUACAAGAAGCAGCGUUGCAGCCGAACCGAACACGAGAAAGAAGAUGGUGGAAUUGCGAACCAAUGUGAAUCCAGGUGUCAUGAGCUCCCGGCGCAGGCUCUAUUUAUAGUCUGGCUCCCCGCUGCCGGAGCUGUCAUCCUCAGUGUGCUCCGCAGCCCGUCUCGCCCGCCGCCCGCCCGCCAGCACACCAACAGCGGGCCACGUCUGUGGGCACGCUGCAUAAUUCACAGCGAGUCUGACCAGCGAGGAUGUCUGUGUCCAUGUGGAGAAUGAAUGGGCUCUGGAGGAGGAUGGCCGGAGUCCUGGUGCUCUGCGCUCUGUUGCUCAGCGACGGGGUGAUAUGUCAAGAUGACGCGGCAGAAGAUCCCGCCGUCCCAUCUGCAGCCAAUCCAACUGCGGGCGCCGUUGUCGCGCCGGAUGCCGCGGCCCCAGAUGCCGCAGCCCCGGGUGCUUCCGCUGCCCCCACCCCUGCGGCCGGCGCCCCUGCGGCCGGCACCCCUGCGGCCGGCACCCCUGCGGCCGGCGCCCCUGCGACCGCAGGCGGCGGACACUCGGCCGCCUCUGCCGCUCCAGGAAAUAGCCCGUUCCCAGCGACUGUCAUAAACAUCGCACUCGGUGGUGACAGCCAGGAUGGAGACGCCUCCGGGACCAUCGCCGCCCCCCUCGACGCCGUCAACAAGGCGGUUACGGACGGCGAAGUCCCGAAUGUAAUCCAAAUGGUGGUGCCCGAGGUGAAGUGUGUUGGAAAAGAGGAAAUCCCAGAGAGCGACGCUGUCAAGGCCCUGGUGGCGACAGACGACUGCGAGGCGACUAAACGCAUAAUCCAGGGGAACGCUGCAGGCUGGUGCAAGUCCGAAAACUGUAACCUCAAAAUCUUCCAAGAUGGCAACACGUUGCUGGUGGCAAGCGAAAAUGCGAAGUUGGGUUCUCUGGCCGACGCACUGCAGAGCGAGAAUUUGAAAGACAAGCUGGGUGUGACAAAGAUUGAGACGCCGUCCUCCUCCGGUUCCUCGGUCUUCGUUGGGAUACUGGUCACCGGUCUGCUCGCUGCCAUUGCGAUCACUGUGGGCUACUUGAAAUGCCCACGCAGGUCCGACGCGAAGGGAGUGAGGCUGGCAGACGAGGCCUACCCGGUGGAUCAGGAGAACCAGGGGAACACCCUUGUGUCCGUGGCCCCCCUCAACCCGCCACCAGAAACCCAGGAGAAACCCAGCGUCAAUGGAGAGUCCCCCGAGGCGGACAAGACCCAGGCUCCUCCUCCUCCCACCAACGGCCACUCCACCGCCAAGACGGCAGACACGGAGCUGUGAAAUAGUCGAACCGACGAAAUCGCAGCCCCCAGGAACUACCCCCACAAACACACACAUCCCCACUUCCCCCUCGUCCACACACACACACGCACACAUACACACACACACACACACACACGCCUAAGAAAGCUCACCUCCCUUUCUGAAUCCUCUCCUGUCCAGCGACACAGCAAAGUGGACAUCAGGGCCUAGAACGAUCUCAUACGUCGACACUCCUCUCGUUACGGUUCCCCUCGCCUCCUCCUUUGGCCAAGUGCCUCAACAAACAUCAGGGAAACUAGUCUGAUGAUGAUGAUGAUGGCGAUGAAGGCUCAGUCCCUUGGGCUGGAGACGAGAGAGAGAGAGGAGAUGAGCAGUUCGGGGUUGUGUGUACUUCAAUUUUUUUUUCCCUCUCCCAUGACGACCGCAGCCUCUGGCGUCACUCGCCGUGUUAUGUGCUGUCAACACCCGGCAGCGUCGCUGCUCGUCGUCCGCCUUAAAGCCUCAGCCAAAUCCUCCGCCAGGAAACACAGUGCAAGCACAAGAAUGAAAUCGUUCCCUGGGUUUAUUAUCGAUAAGCCACGACAGACGGAUUGACAGGACACAAAACACACUGCCUCGAAAUCUGUUUACAAGCUUCUCAGAGAGAGAGAAACUCCAGUGGGCUCUCGUCUUGUUUAUCUGAGUGAGUUAUUGAUAGGUGUGCGAAUGUAUGUGUGUGUGUGUGUGUGUGUGCGAAUGCGUGUGUGUGUGUGUGCGUGCGUGUGCUGUCAAAUCCUGCAUGUGUGGGUAAACAUGUACGUGCAUCUGUCCUGUGCAUGCACUGUAAAUAUCUAUACAUGCAUCUAAGCUUUUUUUUUCUUCUGCUUACUGUAUGUACGGUAUGCGUGUUUGUGGUGGAGUGACAGGUGUUAAGGUGUGAAUGUGCAUGUGACAUUAGCCGUGAGAAGUGUACAAUAUUGUAAAAUAAGUUGGCCAAGUGAUGGCUCACCGAGUUAUGAGUUAUGGGGACGAAGGAGUUGUAUUUGAAGUUUCACAAAAAAAAGAUCACGCCGUUUUCUCGAACAGGGGUAGAGUGGCCGCGGGGAACUCUCCCGUCUGCUACUGCAAACUUACACAGUUGACACAAAAGUCCAUCCACUUGUCAGUGUUAUUCUCUUUUCAAUAUUUACUGUAUAAGCUCCCUUUUUUUCUUUUUUUUUACCACCAGUAUUCUAUUGAACAGUGUGUAUAGUAUGGUGACUCUCUCUGUCUUGUUUUGUUUUUUUUAUUCACUUGCCAAUGUUCAUUUUUAUGUGCCAAAGAAUUUCCAUUUCAUAGCUAAUGUUGUACUAAAACACGUCGUCUGUGGCACCUUGUGACACAACGUUUGAUCCGGGUCAUAUCUGAUACAGGAAGAUGCUCAUGGGGCUGUGACUGUUGGAAAGAAGCAUCUCGGUUUUCCUUAUUUUUCUUUGGCUUUUAACAUAGCAAGAGACAAAACUCAAAAAGGAAUAUGGAUUUGUUUUUUGUCCAACCGGAACAAAGAAAGGUUGUCUGAUGAUGGGAACGUCUCGCAAUGAUUCUUCGCUCAUCGCUAACAUUCCGGUGCGACUGUUUCAUUCUACUCUGCAGUUUUACCGGGGUCUAACAUGAAAAAAUGUAAUAAACAGUAAACAACA